GGGAUUGUAAAUGACUUGAGGGCUCUGCAGCUCAAACACAUAAAUACAGCUGGCUAGAAUACUCAAUUCCACUCGGCGGAUGUAAACUCGAGUAGGAACGGUCACAUAAACCGUUGCUAAGCUGUUGUUUAAACAGAUCCUUGUUAAACUCUGGCAGCUCUGACAGCGUCAGGUCGUUAGCCCUCAGCGUGGUCGCUACGAUGAACGGUCAGCUGAGCGGUUUCCAUGGCGACUCGCUCCAUGGUGAUGAAGACUGCUUCCUCUUCACCUCCGAGUCCGUGGGAGAAGGACAUCCAGAUAAGAUUUGCGACCAAAUCAGUGAUGCUGUUUUGGAUGCACACCUCAGGGAAGACCCUGAUGCCAAAGUAGCAUGUGAGACUGUAGCUAAAACAGGGAUGAUCCUGCUGGCGGGGGAGAUCACCUCCAGAGCCAAGGUGGACUAUCAGAAAGUUGUCAGGGAUGCAAUCAAGGACAUUGGCUAUGAUGACUCAUCCAAAGGGUUUGACUACAAGACCUGCAAUGUGCUGGUGGCCCUGGAGCAGCAGUCCCCUGAUAUUGCUCAGGGUGUUUACCUUGACCGCAAAGAAGAGGAUGUGGGAGCUGGGGACCAGGGUCUGAUGUUUGGUUAUGCCACCGAUGAGACUGAUGAGUGUAUGCCCCUCACUAUUGUCCUGGCUCACAAGCUCAAUGCAAAGAUGGCAGAAUUACGUCGAAAUGGGACUCUGCCCUGGCUCAGACCUGAUUCCAAAACUCAGGUGACUGUUCAGUACAAGCAGGAUAGAGGAGCUGUGGUGCCAUUGCGUGUCCACACACUUGUGAUCUCUGUGCAGCAUGAUGAGUGUGUAAGUUUGGAGGAGAUGCGUCAAAGUCUGAAAGAACAGGUGGUGGAGGCUGUGGUUCCACCUGGGUACCUUGAUGAUGACACAAUCUGCCACCUGCAGCCCAGUGGCCGCUUUGUCAUUGGAGGUCCACAGAGUGAUGCAGGCCUGACUGGGCGCAAGAUCAUUGUGGAUACUUACGGAGGUUGGGGAGCCCAUGGAGGUGGAGCUUUUUCUGGGAAGGACUACACAAAAGUAGACCGCUCAGCAGCUUACGCUGCUCGCUGGGUCGCCAAAUCUCUCGUGAAAGCUGGGCUCUGCAGACGUGUCUUGGUCCAGGUGUCUUAUGCUAUUGGAGUAGCCCAUCCCCUCUCUGUCUCCAUCUUCCACUAUGGGACGUCCCAAAAGAGUGAAAGAGAACUGUUGGACAUUGUGAGGAGGAACUUUGACCUACGGCCAGGAAUUAUUGUGAGGGAUCUUGACCUGAAGAAACCCAUCUACCAGCGCACAGCCGUAUACGGUCAUUUUGGUCGUGAUGUCUUCUCAUGGGAAGCACCCAAGAAGCUGAAAUACUGAGCUUGUUCUCCGCCAGUGUAUGUUAGAUGCCCUUCCCUUGUCACCCUCCCUGCUGCUCCUCCCUUAACUGUCUCAUACCCAGCCAUGUUAUGACAGCCACAGCAACAUCACCCUUUGUCCACCUCUUGGUAAAGAUCACUGAAAAGCAGACAACAGUUACAGUAUAUCAGUUUCCAUGAUACAAAGGUUUGAGCAGUUCUACCAACCUUUGUCAGUUUUUCUCUCCUGCUGGUGGCUUUUUCCUUUUCUUUUAUCUCAGCAAAUCUUAGAAGUAUUAUUGACAAUCUAUAAUAGAACUAAAAUAACACACUCCAUAAAAGCCAUAUAAAAUGUUAGGUAUUCCUCCACCUUCAGUACAAACCUCACUGCGCUGUAGUUAUAGAAAUGAUCACCGGGUGGCGUUUUCUUACAUUUUCUUUCAGCGGUACAAUUUCAUGUCACUGCAAAAUGUCAUUUUAGUCUACACGAUUGUAAAAACAUCACACUCCUGAAAUUUUGAAGGUAAUAAAGAUCUGUAUUUUAGUUAUUUAUGUAGACCCUUCAGACCAUUUAUUUCUGACAUUUUACAGAGAAGUCAGAAGCUGCUAAUGACCUUGUGGUUAUGUUGGGCUGCACAAUUAAAACUCUCUCUCUUUCUCAUUUUAUUUAUAUAUAUAUAUAUAUAUAUAUAUAUAUAUAUAUAAAAAAAUUCUUUUUUUUUUUUUUUCUAUUGUAGUGCCAGUGUUUUGAAUUAUGCGAAAUGUGUCAAUGUUCCUCUGACCAAAGUGGAGGUGAAGGGAUCACCAUUCCAGAGUGUGACCCUGGGUAGUAGUUACAGAGAAACCCAGGCUCCGUCACCUCUGGAGCUGCCUUUAUCCCAUUACAACAACCCGAAAAUGUGAUCAGCAGUGAGAUAUUUUUGAAAGUAAAUGCCUUUGAGUGUCCUGACAACUUCAAUUAGACCAGGUAGUGAAGUUGUGUGGAUGGGUAGGGAGGAAUUUAAAAAGUACACACUCAUUUUAGUGAAUGUAAAUGGCGGUAACACUGCUCUUUUAUUCUCAGAAAAUGAUUCUCGGAGCAGUCAAAAUCAUAGCAUGCAUUUCUGCUGAAUGCUUCAUCUAUUGUCAAAUUUAUUUUAAUCUUGCAACUUGAGCUUCGCUUUUAAAAUGUUUGCUUUUAAAAAAUCCAAUUGAUAUGCUUUUUUUUUCGGGCAGCUUAGUGGUUAGCACUAUUGCCUCGCACCAAGAAGGUGGUUCGACUCCCAGGCCCGGCGGGGGUCUUUCUGUGUGGAGUUUGCAUGUUCUCCCCGUGCUUGUGUGGGUUCCCUCCGGUUACUCCGGCUUCCUCCCACGGUCCAAAAACAUGCAUAGUAGGUUAAUUGGUGCUUCUAAAUUUCCCGUAGGUGUGAGUGUGGUUGUCUGUCUGUAUAUGUGGCUCUGCGAUAGACCGGCAACCUGUCACCUGUAAUUAGCAGGCAUAGGCUCCAGCAGACCCCUGUGAUCCUGCAAAGGAUAAAGCGGAUAUAGACAAUGGAUGGAUGGAUGGCUUUUUUUUUUCUCUGAGUAGCCCUACACUGAAAAGCCUCAGGGUUUGCUAUGCUUGCUCAUUUUGAACACUAGUGUGUGAAUAUACUUGCUGGACUAUGGACAGACCUGAAAUACGUGUAUUGAUACACGGUUAAUGCCAGAUUGCCUCCCCAGCUGUUCUCCCCUGUCAGUAACUUUCCUCUUGUCAGAAUCAAAGUUAGUCACAGCUAUAUAAUCCUGUAAGGUUAAACUGUGUCUAAAGCAUAUAUGUAGGUGGCACUGUGUUUUUAAAAAAUUAUACUGAAAACUAAGAUUUUUAUUUUUAUUUUCCCUUUUUGUAUUUGUAUUUAUGCUUUGGCUUAGCUUUAUGGCCCCCUACUGGUUAUUUGAGUGCACUUCAGCUUCACUUCAAAGAAGAGCUGCAUUUUCUUUGGGUGCAAAUGGCUGGUGAUAUGACUUAACCACUCUAAGAAAUCAUUAUUUACUUUAAAUCAGCAUGUUUGUGUCCUCCUUAAUUAGAAUCUGGUGUGUUAAAGCAGAAAACAUCUACAACAUGCAGGACAUCGGCCUACGAGGACCGGAAUUGAGGAUCACUGCUCUAGCUCAUCCACAGCUUUGACCAAUGAUUGGUUGGUGUUGUACAGAGAAACCAGCCUGUUUACACUGUCUCCUGUGAGGUGUUUGAAGAGCGUUUUAUUUUUUUUUUUCCCCUUAUAAUUUUUUUGUUCUUUUUAAUCAGUCAAAUUUAGUUGGUCAGUGUGGUUGCUGAAAGUGCCUUUUGUCAGUCCCCAUAUUUCCCAAAUACUCCAUCCCUUACCUUGUUCCGAUCAUCCCAUGUUGAUAUCCUUUGAGGUUGCUGAUUUUUCCCUCCUCAGUGAUUCCUACUGGUGUGCUUUAUUGUUGAACUUCUCUGUUACAUUUGUAAUAAACU